AUGGAACCUCCAUAUAAAUACGCAUCUUUCUCAGCAUCCCGAGGAGCCUCCGCUACAUUCCCACCCACCCAAGCUCCCACCCGGAGCCAGAACCAAAGCCUGCAAACCAGCGACCUCCAGUCCAACUCCGAGGACCUCUCCAGAUUUGGCAGCCAAGAAGCCCCCCAAACAGACCGAAGAAAGACCCGCAGUUCGCAUCGCCAUGGCCCCGGUGAUCGUCCAAUCUCCCCCAAAGGAGAGCCCGCCUCCCGACAUCGAACUCGCCCAUCUCCAUCCCCUCGCCCGCUAGAUCCAUCCACCUUCGAUGGCACAAAGACCCACCGCCACAAGCAUAGCAAGUCGCGGGAUCUGCGCUUCCCUAAUCCCAUGAGUCACCUGGCUUCCUCGGCGAGCGCAAGGGGAUUGCUCCCUACGUGGUCGGGCGGGAAGGAUAAGGACCGCGAGGGCGACGACGGGUUGUUGAGGCCCGUUACGAGGGAGAUGACCCAGAGCCGAUGGGGCUCUGAUUCAACUAGUGGUCUAUCCGAUGGUCGAAAGGGGAGUCUGCUUGAUACACCUGAGCAGCAUGAGCGAUUGGCGCCUAUCCGCCGGAAUGAGAUUCAUUCCGUGGAUGACCUAGAGAAGAUUAAGAAGCGGAGGAAGCUAGGUGAGGAGUAUCUACGAUCUGCAUUGACUUCAAUUGGGACGUUGGCGACAGACGUCACCCGUCGGCUCGACUACACCUAUUACAACCUGCUUGAGAAAAUCACAGCGCUCAAUUCGACUAUCUCCUUGUUCCAGGAACUCUCCGACUCAGCGUCGACACUUCUUAAUGACUUUGAACGCGAGACGGCCGGGUUAGACCAGGAUAUCCGUAAACAGCUCAAUGACCUGAAAGGGUUCGAGCCACAGAUCCAAAAGGCUGAUGCGUUAGAGCAACGCAUGAAAUCAGGCCGACAGCGUGUCGAAGAACUAGGCAAACGGCUCGAGACCGUACGACACGAGAUCGAUAGCUGGGAGCAGCGGGAAACAGAAUGGCAAACCCGGACCAGUCGUCGACUACGCAUCUUCUGGGGCAUUGUCACAAGCGCGCUGUUGGUGCUUGUACUUGCUCUGGUCAUCCAGAACUGGCCAGUAUUCUGGUCUCCCCAGACUGAGACGUCACGUUUGACAGUAUCGAAUCACUCGCCCUCUGUACCACCUCAGUCCGAGGUGUGGGAUGAGGUUCUCGGUCUCGGGGGAAGAGGAUCAGGGUCUGAUUCAUGGCCUUCUCGAUAUCCGUCCAACCUUGCAGAUCGCCGCGAGACCCUGGCCAAGGCUGGUCCGACUUCGACGGUCCGGUCAGGGCAUGAUGCAGCACCUGCGGAACGUGAUCCUUUGACUGUGCUGGAUGAAUUAUGA